CGCAGCGCGGCUCCAUGGCGGACCACAGGCGGGCGGAAGGUAGUUUCCCAAGAUGGCGGCCGCCGCGGACGGAGCGCUCCGGCGGCUAUUGGUGCCGAUCCUUCUACCCGAGGAAUGCUACGACCAGCUUUUCAUUCAGUGGGACUUGCUUCACGUCCCCUGCCUCAAGAUUCUCCUCAGCAAAGGUCUUGGGCUUGGCAUUGUAGCUGGGUCUCUUCUUGUAAAGCUACCCCAGAUAUUUAAAAUCUUGAGAGCCAAGAGUGCUGAAGGACUGAGUUUCCAGUCAGUAAUGCUGGAACUAGUGGCUUUAACUGGAACUGUGGUCUACAGCAUCACUAACAACUUCCCCUUCAGCUCUUGGGGUGAAGCCCUGUUCCUGGCACUCCAGACAGUCACCAUCUGCUUCCUGAUCACGCACUACAGAGGAGAAACAGUGAGAGGAGUCGCUUUCCUUGCCUGUUACGCACUGAUCCUGCUAGUGCUACUUUCACCACUCACACCAUUGGCGGUAGUCACCCUGCUCCAGGCCUCCAAUGUGCCUGCUGUGGUGGCGGGGAAGCUACUCCAGGCAGCCACCAACUAUCGCAAUGGGCACACAGGGCAGCUCUCAGCCAUCACAGUGUUUCUGCUGUUUGGGGGCUCCCUAACUCGGAUCUUCACUUCCAUUCAGGAAACUGGAGACCUCCUCAUGGCUGGCACCUUUGUGGUGUCCUCCCUCUGCAAUGGCCUCAUCACUGCCCAGGUCCUCUUCUACUGGAGCGCACAGCCUUCCCAGAAGCUGAAGAAGGAGCAGUAGGGCUGAGCCAGCUAGUCAUUCCAGUGCCUGGCACACCCCACUUCAGGGUCCUCCUCACGGGAGCCAGUCUGCUGGGGUGGCUCACAUCCUCCACUACCGGAGCUUCCUGAGCCAGGGUUUGUUCUUGGGGGGAAUGGCUAAGUCCUGUUCCUGUACUGUUCACUUGUUUCUACACUUGGCUGGGACCCCUCCUUUCUAAGAGCUGUUAACUUGCUGGGGCAGACCCUGCCCCAGCCACCCAUCUCCCUUCUGGCCCUAGAGGACAGCCCGGACAAAGUGGAAGGAACUAGAUUUGUAGCUGCUUCCCUCCCCUAACCGGCUGGGACUGUCUCUGGGACCCUGGUGCUUGGGGGUGAGGGAGGGGGACAAUGACUCAGGCAGGGCCGCAGGGUGCGGUGAGGAGGCUCCUGCCCUGGCAGGUCCAGGCAGAAGGGAGUGAAGAUGGCUGCUGCCGUGAGAACACAUGCCCAAUAAAGACUCAGAGACAUUCGCUUGUACAAAA